UUAUGGCAAAUACACUGUCCAUGCGGCAUGGAAAAGCCCAAUUCGGCCUGCUUUCUGCUCCUGCUACAAGCUCUCUAGGUUAUAUUUAGUCCUGGGCAGGCUACCCUGCUACUACAACUAUCAUCAGCACCAAAAGGGAUAUCUGGGGAAACUGUACCUAGCACCGGCACCACAUUUUCCUCACUCUGCAUUUCUGCUCAGUGAUGGGGAAGACCACCAUGUAGAGACGGAGAGGCAGCGGAGGCAACAGCAGAAUAGCAGCAAUGGGAAGCCACACAUGGAGCGGGUCUGGACUGCAGCCGUGGUGAGCCUGAGACCUACAGGACUUGCAACCACCAUCAUUGCCCUUCUCAGGACCUGACCACUGGGGCUGUCCAACGCUCACCUGGAUGCUCCCCACUUGUGUGUCAUCAUCCCCACCUCUCCUUUUUCUCUGCUGCUCUUUCUCCUCUUCUUCUGUUUCUUCUCUUUGAUGGUUUUUGGACUGCCGUUAUCUGACAGUCUCUCCUGAAAUAGAGAAGCUGCUCAUUGAUUGAUCCCCUUGGAUUUUCCCCCCAGUUUUUAAUCCCUCUCUCUGCCUACGUCACUUACAAGUGCCAUCCUUUUUCCGCCUUUUUUUUGGUUGCCUGCUUGAUACCUGUUUUGGAAAUAUUUUGGGAUGAGACUGAGCUCCUCUCUCUGUUGUGCAAGCUUUUUUUUUGAUUGAUCUAUAAGCAAUAACAAACACUUAUCUAACUGACUUGACUAGCUAACAUCAUGGGGGACAUGUCCAACAGCGAUUUUUAUGCCAAGAACCAAAGAAACGAGGGCAACCAUGCGGCAGGCUUCGGCUGCUCGGUCAUGGAGCUGCGCUCGUUGAUGGAGCUGCGUGGCACAGAGGCGGUGGUCAAGCUCCAAGAGGACUACGCGGGCGUAGAGGGACUGUGCAAACGACUGAAAACCUCACCCACAGAAGGUCUCGCAGGUGCCCAGACUGACCUGGACAAGAGGAGAGAAAUAUAUGGUAAAAACCUGAUACCUCCAAAGAAGCCAAAAACCUUCCUGCAGCUGGUAUGGGAGGCCCUGCAGGAUGUCACCCUCAUCAUCCUGGAGAUCGCUGCCCUGAUCUCCCUGGGACUCUCCUUCUACCACCCUCCCGGAGAGAGCGGCGGAGAGUCCUGUGGCGCGGCGUCAGGUGGGGUAGAGGACGAAGGCGAGGCAGAUGCUGGCUGGAUUGAGGGCGCAGCUAUCCUGUUGUCUGUGGUUUGUGUGGUGCUGGUGACGGCCUUCAACGACUGGUCGAAGGAGAAGCAGUUCCGUGGGCUGCAGAGCCGCAUCGAGCAGGAGCAGAAAUUCCAGGUGGUCCGCGGUAGUCAGGUCAUACAGCUGCCUGUGGCGGACAUAGUGGUUGGGGAUAUCGCACAAAUCAAAUACGGUGAUCUGCUUCCUGCUGAUGGAGUGUUGAUCCAGGGCAAUGACCUGAAGAUUGAUGAGUCAUCACUGACUGGAGAGUCCGACCACGUCAAGAAGUGUGCAGACAAGGACCCCAUGCUGUUGUCUGGCACCCAUGUGAUGGAGGGGUCAGGGCGCAUGGUGGUAACUGCUGUCGGGGUCAACUCUCAGACUGGAAUCAUCUUCACCCUGCUGGGGGCUGGCACAGAGGAAGAGGAGAAGAAAGAAAAGAAAGGAGGGGCUGUGGAAGACGGACACCAGAACACAGACUGCUCCCAUCCCCCUAUCCACCCCAUCGCAACUAUAGCCACGGAUGGGGCUGCAGGCAUUAAUGCCCCUGGCAGUGCCAACCUUAUUAAUGGUAAAAUGCAAGAUGGCAAUAUGGAGAGCAACCAGAUUAAAGUUAAGAAGCAGGAUGGAGCAGCUGCCAUGGAGAUGCAGCCUCUAAAGAGUGCUGAAGGUGGAGAGUCUGAUGAGAAAGAGAAGAAGAAAGUGUCCGUUUCAAAGAAAGAGAAGUCUGUGCUCCAAGGAAAGCUCACCAAACUGGCUGUCCAGAUUGGCAAAGCAGGUUUGCUCAUGUCGGCCGUCACAGUCAUCAUCCUGGUCCUGUACUUUGCCAUCGACAACUUUGUGAUGCAGAAGCUCCCUUGGAUGCCAGAGUGCACUCCCAUCUACGUCCAGUACUUUGUCAAGUUCUUCAUCAUCGGUGUGACUGUGUUGGUGGUGGCCGUGCCUGAGGGGCUGCCGCUAGCUGUCACCAUCUCCCUGGCUUACUCUGUUAAGAAAAUGAUGAAAGACAACAACCUGGUGCGUCACCUGGAUGCAUGUGAAACGAUGGGCAAUGCUACAGCCAUCUGCUCUGACAAGACAGGCACACUAACCACCAACCGCAUGACGGCUGUUCAGUGUUAUGUUGGAGAUGUGCACUACAAAGAAAUCCCAGAUCCUGGAGCUCUGCCACCCAAAACGCUGGACUUACUGGUCAAUGCCAUCUCCAUCAACAGCGCCUAUACCACCAAGAUACUGCCCCCGGAUAAGGAAGGCGGUCUGCCGAAGCAGGUAGGCAACAAGACGGAGUGCGGCCUGCUGGGAUUGGUCCUGGACCUGAAGCGGGAUUACCAGCCAGUAAGAAACCAGCUCCCAGAGGAGAAGCUUUACAAAGUGUACACCUUCAACUCUGUCAGGAAGUCCAUGAGCACCGUCGUCAAAUUAUCUGAUGGAACCUUCCGCAUGUACAGCAAGGGAGCCUCUGAGAUCGUCCUCAAAAAAUGUAGCCAUAUCCUGAACGAGGUGGGUGAGUCUAGGGUUUUCCGCCCACGGGACAAGGACGAGAUGGUGAAGAAAGUGAUCGAGCCCAUGGCGUGCGAUGGCCUGAGGACCAUCUGUGUGGCGUAUCGUGACUUCUCCGGUCAUCCUGAACCCAACUGGGAAGACGAGAACAACAUCCUCAGUGACCUCACAGCCAUCUGUGUCGUUGGGAUAGAGGACCCCGUCAGGCCAGAGGUGCCUGAUGCUAUCCAGAAGUGCCAGCGUGCAGGCAUCACAGUGCGCAUGGUGACAGGAGACAACAUAAACACAGCCAGGGCCAUCGCCAUCAAGUGCGGCAUCAUCCACCCAGGAGAGGACUUCCUCUGCAUCGACGGCAAAGAAUUCAACAGGAGGAUCCGCAAUGAGAAAGGAGAGGUGGAGCAGGAGCGUAUUGACAAGGUCUGGCCUAAACUCCGCGUCUUGGCCAGAUCUUCCCCAACCGACAAACACACACUCGUUAAAGGCAUUAUUGACAGCACUAUGGCAGACCAGAGGCAGGUGGUGGCUGUGACAGGAGAUGGGACCAAUGAUGGACCUGCACUUAAGAAAGCUGAUGUCGGCUUCGCCAUGGGUAUUGCUGGUACAGAUGUGGCCAAGGAGGCAUCAGAUAUCAUUCUGACUGAUGAUAACUUCAGCAGCAUCGUUAAGGCCGUAAUGUGGGGCCGCAACGUCUACGACAGCAUCUCCAAGUUUCUUCAGUUUCAGCUUACUGUCAACGUUGUGGCCGUCAUAGUGGCUUUCACAGGCGCUUGCAUCACACAGGACUCUCCCCUGAAGGCCGUGCAGAUGUUGUGGGUGAACCUGAUCAUGGACACUUUUGCAUCUCUGGCCUUGGCGACGGAGCCUCCCACAGAGUCUCUGCUGAAGAGAAAGCCAUACGGACGCAACAAGCCUCUCAUCUCCAGCACUAUGACAAAGAAUAUCCUCGGACAUGGUGUCUAUCAGCUCGUCAUCAUCUUCACGCUGCUCUUUGUUGGUGAGAAGAUAUUUGACAUUGACAGUGGCCGUAACGCUCCCCUCCACUCUCCUCCAUCUGAGCACUACACCAUCAUCUUCAACACCUUCGUCAUGAUGCAGCUCUUCAAUGAGAUAAACGCUCGCAAAAUCCACGGAGAGAGGAACGUCUUCGAUGGUAUCUUCAGGAACCCCAUCUUCUGCACAAUUGUUUUUGGCACCUUUGCUGUGCAGAUUGUGAUUGUGCAGUUUGGAGGGAAGCCAUUCAGCUGUCAACCUCUGGACCUGGAAAAGUGGAUGUGGUGUGUUUUCCUCGGGCUGGGAGAGCUUGUCUGGGGACAGGUGAUAGCCACCAUACCCAAUAGCAGGUUGCGCUUCCUGCGGAGGGCAGGCCAGUUAACUCAGAAAGAUGAGUUACCAGAGGAGGACGUAAAUGAAGACAACGAGGAGAUUGACCACGCGGAGAGGGAGCUGAGGAGAGGGCAGAUCCUCUGGUUCAGAGGACUCAACCGCAUUCAGACUCAGAUCCGCGUUGUGAAUGCAUUCCGUAGCUCCCUCUAUGAAGGCCUGGAAAAACCAGACUCCAGAUCAUCCAUCCAUAACUUCAUGACGCACCCUGAGUUUAGGAUAGAAGACUCCACGCCCAACAUCCCCCUCAUCGACGACACAGACGACGAUUCCGCUCGGAGGAGGAGGAAGUACUCCAGCCAGCCCUCGUCCCCCAACAAGAACAACAACGCCAUCGACAGUGGCAUCAAUCUCACCAUCGACACCAGUAAAUCAGCUGCCUCCUCCAGCCCUGCCAGCCCUCUUCACAGCUUGGAGACCAGCCUCUAACCGUGAUUCUAACCUCAGCUCUAACCUCUUAAUGUCGUUUCCUUGCAGUCUGGAGGCACCUUCUUUGAUUCCUCCAGACCUUUAACUGCAACCUUGUUGCCCCUAAAAAUUUCAGCUCAAUUCUCAUCUUCCAACCAUUUACUACGCAGGACCGGUCCUGUGGCAAAAUCUCCAUCUUUCCUCCCCCUUUACGCUCUUAAAGCGCUCCGCUCCUCCAGAAACGGAGAAAAUCUAACGUAAUACGGCAAGGUGAAAAGAAAAACUUAACAUACAAUCAGAAAAGCGCAACAAAGCCACAAAACCUACACAGCCAUCCUGCUUUUGUGGUUGUAUGUGUACGGUGGCGGCGGCGGCGGCGGUGGUGGUGUGUAUGACUAUAUGCGUGUUAGCAUGUACUGUAUAAGCGUGCCGCUGACUGCACAUAGGUACGAACUGUGUCUUUAGAGGCACCGCGAGGAGGACGAUGAGGAGGGAGACACUGCUGAGGAGUGAAAAUCACACAACAGGACAGACUCUAAACUCCCCUUACACUCCCUCUCCUCAACAAUAACAUUGUCAAUACUGAUAAUAGUUUAAAUUAAAUUGAAAAACAUUGUUAUUAUUAUGAUUCUGAUUCUGAUUAUUAUUGUUAUUAUUAUUGUUGCUCCUGCAUGAAUGUACAUUACCCAAGUUUUAUUUAAAGGGGUUUUAAUUUUAUUGGAGUUCUUUUGUUCGGAUGGGCGAGGCCUCGCGGCGGACUACUAUUUUAAAGACAGCUUCUCUGAGUUCCUGGCCUGCAACGUUCCCUCUUCUGUGUGGCAUGAACAUGUACCCGACUGUAAAAAUUUAUUUCAUCCAUAAACAGAAAUGUGUAACGAGGUGGUAGGGCUCAACUUGCACAGUAGUUUUGCACCUGUCAGAAAAGAGGAACGCAAAAUAAGAAUGACGAUGAUAGCAUUUAUGGGAUAUAUUCUAUAAAUAUAAAUACAUAUAAAUAUAUUUAGAGAGAGUUUAUCUUUGUUUGUUGGCAUGUUGCCUUGUUCCUGCUUCAAUGGCUCAAAAUACUUUGACUUAUUUAUGUCUUAAAGAGAAUGUAAUUUGUUUACAACCUCGUAGAGAUAAACUUCCUGGUUUCUAGAAAGAGAGAGGGGCGAAGCUGAAGCGCAGACGGACCAGAGCUGUGUUGGUGUGUUAUAACUGAAAAACCAUGUGCUGGAAUUUGCCUGCUAUCUUUUCAAAUAUUGUAGAUAUUUUUAGAGGAUUAACAAACAAAAAGAAACCAAAAUAUAAUGGGAAACGUAGUAAAUGUGGAAUCUUAGUAUUACUCUAUAUGAUUGUUGGGAUCAAGUUGGAGUGGCUUGCCUUUUCUAAACGGAGGCCUCCUUUUUGUGACAGAGGGGGAAUAUUUAAUUCUUUUUUUUCACUUAUUCUUCUCUCUCUUUUUUUUAUUGUGUUUUUUCUGUGCUUCAGCGCUGGCCUGGGGUCAGGGCUCGAGUCAAAGGCUGAUAUCAGGACCUUAACAGUGAACUGUCUUCUAGAUAAACAUGCUUGUUCAAAGGACUUGAUGUUUUAAAAAUACGUGUGACCAUCAAAACGGCUGCAAUCGAGUCAUAAUAGAAAUCUGCAGUUAGACUUGGCUUACGUGUGCCGCAUGGAAAUCUUACUUUCUUUUUUUUUUUGUUUGUUUGUUUAUUUUUGUUCAAAA